AUGAACCAAAUCGACGAGAGCAUGCUGAUUCUGCCCCGCGAAGAAGAUGACGACGAAGAAGAGGCUCACAUGGAGAUGGAUGCAGCACAAGCGCGGCAGGUCGAGGCGCAGGAGGCGCAGGCCAGGGCACAAAUGCAGGCACAGAACCUGGCCAAGCUGUCUCGCCGUCCCGAGGAGGUACUCCGCGACCUUGAGCAAGAGGCCGAGGUGCUCAAGAACCUCCAUCACAAGAUCUCCCAGCAGCUGCACAUGCUCCAGGUCGAGGAGAUCGUGCUGAAGAAACAGGCGGAGCUCAGCAACUUUGCGACCUACUGA